AUGCUAGGGUUGGUUCAUGUACUACCACGCAUUAGUGUCUUCAUAAACUUUCAUAUACUGUACUAUUCUCUGGCGAUAUCGAUUGCAAUGCAAGCAGUUCUGGCGUUGUGUCAUUUUUGUGAGAAUCAUGGUCCGCGUGUAUUGAUGACAACACAGUCUGUCCCGGAAAACCUCCGAGAUAAUUACUGUUUGUUCAGAACAAGCAAAAGAUCAACAUCAUCUUUAAACACUGGAGGUUUUUUCCGACGUGGCAUUGAAGAGUCUCGUUGCGCUGCAUGUACUUCGUUUGGCCAGUUUGGUCUAGUCACGAAUGAUGUUGAAUCAGGAAUAAGCUACAUAAGCACACAGACUGCUUUAAAUGAUCGAGUAGAUCAAUUAGUAAUGCAUUCAUGUCUUCAUUCACUGAGUUGUGAGGUACCUGCUACACCAAAUGAUAACUUUAUGGCAGCAUGCAGUACUACAAAGUGGGACAAUCCAUGGGAAGAAAUUAAUAGAGAAGCAAAUGAAGGUGUCGUGUUAUUCGGAGACGAAGAACACGGCUAUACAUUAUCAUUUACAUUUAGAAUUCAUGAUUGCAAGGCACGUGGUUUCUUACGCCUGUUUUCACUCGUCCUUGUUUCUAUGGACAAGCUGUUUAUCACUUACAAUUAUGACUUUUUCGUGGCUACAAUGUCAUCAAUCGUUCGUCGUUUACAAAUAGAAUCAGAUGUCGUUUUUAAUCGUGAACAAGAAGAUCCGUCCAAUGAAGUAUUCAAGCAAGCUUCAGCUACACGAUCUUUACUACUACCAGCACACUUUUUACGUACGCAAGUAACCAAAUUCGAACUAGACACAUCACGCAGUUUAGCACAAAUCACGAACUGUGCAGAUAUUUUUACACAAUUACAUAUGUUUAUGGUUUAUAUAUUGCGCACACAAACACGGUUAUGCAAAGAGUACUUGUUAGAAGGGGUACCAACGCAGGAUAUGCUUGUAAUGAAAGAACGUGAGACAAAAACUAAUAAUGAUGCUAAUGCAGUUGAUUUAAAUAGUUCUCGAAAUCUGGAGUCCUUUGCAACAUUGCAGCAAAUUGCAUCAAAGCUUGAAAAUUUGAGAAAAGUUGAUGAUCACAGUGUUUUGGAGAUUGUUUUGACGCAGUUAGUUACCGGUGGACAAAUUGUUAUCAAGUGCCAGGAUCCAACGAUCGCUCAUUGUUUUCUCUUAGCACUUUCUAAUUUGUUACCUCUCGGUUGUGUUCGUCUGUCAUAUGCCGAAAACUACCAACACGUUUUUGUAUCUAAUUUAUUCGGAUGUCCAAUAGAGACCAAAUUAUCUCUAGAUGCGGUUGAUAUUGUAGUUUUACGAAUGGAUAUUUCACUUGAAAGCGUAUGCUGCAUGCGAUCAGUAUCAAGAAAUCAAAAAUUGCCAUUUUUUUCGAAAAAUUAUAUUCCACCGCAGUUGAGAGCAUCAUCAAAGAAUGAUAAUAUCAACAAUUGUAUGGCACAAAGUUUGGUAGAACUGUUGACGAUGAGAAAGAUAGAAAAUUUUGAAGGUUAUAAUUUAUCAUUGAUUGCUUGUCCGCAAUAUACGGCACCAAAAUAUCGUCUACCGACCAUUGUUAUUCGAUACAAGCAGCUUCUUUUGGAUAAUGAUCUUACAUCUCACGUCCUGGCAUCUGUUGUACAAAAUACAAGAGAAGAAUGGUUAAGCAAAGCGAAACUUUUUUAUCAGCUUGGACGACAAAAAGUAAAGAUCGAUUUGAAAAAAGUACUCCAGGUUCUGAAAUGUUCUGAACAGAAUUGA